AUGGAAAAACCAUCUAUUCGUCGUCUUGGUUCGAAGAUAUAUGAUGCUAUUACUAGCGCAAUGUCUUUAAGCCAAACUUUAGAUGAAAGUAGAUGCGAGUUACCACGAAACAAUCCCAGGGACGGAGAAACCAUAUCCUUAGAUGCAGAAGAAGAUUCAUGUAGCGGUUGUGCUAACCCUUGUUCAACGCAUCCAAAUUAUCCUUACUUGAAAAUUGACCGUAAGUCUACGUUAGAGGGAACGGUGAAGCCUUAUGUAAAACAUGUGCUAAUAUCCACCGGAAAGUCGGAUUGGCAGACUCACAUCGAAGAAGACACUUUUAGUUUAGCAGCUUAUCUUCAUAAAGUAUUAAAAAGCAACAACUCUCCAAAAGGUAACAAAAAAGAUUCCUUAAUAGAGAAGAAGAAUAAAGUUGAAGGUUCCCCACAAACUCACGAGGAUUCUUCUAAUGAAGCAGAGAAACCUCGCAUCGUCAUCACAAAUAGUAGUCGUCAAAACAAUGAUAGUGACUCCAAAGGCAAUGAUGUUCUGUUGUUUCCCGAUAAUAUUCUUAUUAAAAAUGUAACACCGAAACAAGCCGCAGAAUUUUAUAAAAGGUUUUUGUCUACACCUAUUUCAUCUCUUAAUGAAGAAAAGGAACAAUACCUAUCUACCGUCAACUUCACAGUUGAACAAAUGCCAUAUAAAGCGGUGAUCGUUAUAUGUUCUCAUAAACGUCGUGAUAAACGUUGCGGUGUCACCGGUCCUAUAUUGAAAGAGGAAUUCGAUAGAGUGUUAAAAGAAAAAAAUUUGGAUGUGGAAUCACAUAAUAAUAAUGGUAUCGCCGUAUUCUUGAGCAGUCAUACUGGAGGUCACAAGUUUGCUGGCAAUAUUAUAGUUUACCGUGAUGGUCAGGGGAUAUGGUAUGGUCGGGUCAUCCCGUGUCACGUUAAAAGUAUAGUGGAAUUGACCGUUCUAGAAGGGAAAGUGAUUAAAGAUUUAUAUCGUGGUUCAAUGAAUGGAAGCUUCGCUCCAGGAAAAGGUGGAAAGUUGGAUUGGUAA